AUGACAGAUGUUGACACCACCAGUGUUGUGUUUCUGCCUACAGCUGCACUGGCAGAGCCAAGACCAGGUGAGGAGGAAGGAUUCAUAGUAACUACUAGACCCAGCUAUUUUGUCCGCCUGGGUAAACUGUCUGCCAGAGUUCGGGAGAGGGCGCUUGAGCAGUCUCUCAUUAGGGCCCGCAAAGCCAGAGACACUACGCAUGCAGCUGUGACUCAAAUGACCAGCACUAUGGACCUGCUGGAAAGUGCCCGGGUUACCUUGGCCAGUGCCAACCAGCAGCUAGGAGGCGCUCCGGAGCAGUUACUGCAGAGAUGGAAAGAAUGGAAGGAAGGGCAGCCCAAAGAACUGCAGAAGAAUGUAACAGCUGAGACAGAGGUGGAUACAGCAAAAGACAAGGAAGAGGAGCUGGAGUCGAGAGCCCUGUCGAUGGUACGGGGUUUGAGUGAUCAGCUGAAGGUGGCAUGUUCAGGGGUUGUGUCCAGUGUACAGGGUCUCCCAGGCACUGUGCAGGAACAGCUUCUGAAUGCUCGACAUACAGCUGGAGAACUCCAGGCAUCACUGAGCAGCACCAAAACGCUCACACCCAUGCUCUUAGAGCAGACGCGGCAGCAGAUCGGCCAGAUACGACAGUCACUGGAUGGAGUCAUGGAGUACCUUCUCAAUAACACUCCUCUCAAUUGGCUGGUUGGACCUUUUGCGCCUCAGAAAACAGAGAAAGGCGAUUGAAAAUGCUGUACAAUUUAAAACGGAUGUUUUGAUGCAGUAGGUUAAUAUAUGGUCCAAAUGGUUGUGUCUUGUAACUAUUGCCAUUUAAAAAAAGAAUGGCACUUUAGACACUAUAUUGUUUAUAUUACCGUAUAAUGAACAUAAAAUGGCAAAUUAUCAUUUCAUCAAUGUCAGUAUUCUAAACCAAGCAUUGAAACCACUACCACGUAGAGUAUGCACGUUUCUGCAGAUGAUUUACUGCUGUGUAGCAUUCAAAAGUUUCUGGUAGCCUACUUAAAUACUGAAUACAUGUACUUUCUGAAUAAAAGCAACUUGAACUUCACUGGUUUUGUAAUUCAUGAUUUUCCUUUUAUAACUCUUGCAAAAUAGAUAUGUAAAUUUUUCUGAAAUGCAAAAAAAACGGAUCAAUGGA